CCCCUCCCCACCGCGGCCCAGGGUUCUCCGUCUCGUCGCCGCCGCCUCCGGGGAGCUUACACCCCGCCGGGGCUGGGCCAUGGCGGCGCCGUUUGUCUACCUCCGCCCCACCGUCGAGGACGACGGCACCGGUGAGCAGGCUCUCAUGAGGGCCGCCCUCGACGGCAACCUCGUCCGCCUCAAACGUAUUGUAAAGAAACUUACCAAAAGAAAUGGCGACCUGUCGGCCAUUUUUUCUAUCAACACGAACGGAUGUAAUGUGUUGCAUCUUGCGGCAUGCGAAGGCCAUUUGGAGGUUUGCAGGUACCUAGUGGAGGAGCUUGGAGGAGAUGUAAAUGCUCCUGGGAUUGGAGAUGUAGCUGAAGGUGCGACUCCAUUUAUGUUGUCUGCUCAGUCUGGUCAUGUUUCUACUGUCAAGUAUUUUCUUGAUCAUGGUGGCAGGUUGGGUAGGUUGCCAGUAGAGCUUGCUGCGAUACGCGAUUGCAUGGAAGAGGUUGAAAUGUUGUUUCCUGUGACUUCUCCAAUUCCAAAUGUCCCAAACUGGACUAUUGCAGGAGUAAUUUCUCAUGCAAAAAUUGAAGAAAAGAAGCCAAUUGAGCAACGGCACCUUGAAAGAAGAAAAAGUUUGUUCAAGUCACAUGCUGAUAAGGCAUUCAAGCAGAAGGACUAUAAGAUGGCAACAAAGUUCUAUGAUUUGGCAAUAGAGCAUGCAGAGAGUGCAACACUGUAUGCAAACAGGAGUCUUUGUAAACUGCUCAUGGAUGAUGGUGAAGGUGCUUUGUCAGAUGCUCUCAUGUGCAGAAUGCUGCGACCUGAUUGGGCAAAAGCUUGCUACCGUCAAGGUGCAGCUCACAUGCUACUCAAGGAGUAUAAACAAGCCUGUGAUGCUCUCUUGGACGCACAAAAUUUGGAUCCUGGGAAUGCCGAAAUCGAGGGUGAACUACGGAAGGCUAGGGAACUCAUGAAGAACCCUCUGGGCAAAGGCGAGCAGUGAGACACCGACUCCGGGGAUGCAACAUGUGUCAGUUUUCACUAAACUAGAGCAAGCAGGACCUUCUAAUCCUUAUGUUCUGCUAGGAACCAAAACUCUCAUUCAGACUACUAACACGGCUUGUAUGAAUCAGUCUUGUCUGGCCCGUGGAUCUUACUGGUCGUAUUCAGUUCCUUUACUUUAGUCUAAAUUUAUUA